AUGGAAGACAACACAGGGUGUACUGUGGGCGAUUAUUUCGACAAUUAUGACAGUGAUUCGACACCCAUCGGAUUACCGGUUACCUUGACUGACCUUUUGGAUGACUUGUCGAUAGCAGGCUCUUUGUCUUCCUUCUGUGAUUCUGGCCGCAAUGGGAACCGUAUAACUUCCAAGCAGCCUAACCCUGUUGCUGUUGCGGAUGAAGUGACUGAAACUUUCAAUGAGUUGUUGAAGAACAUGAGUUUGGGUGGGGCCGGUAACGAAUCUUUAUCAACCCAAACUUACGAAUCUGCAUUUCCAAAAGGGAACCCUUUGGACGCGUUCAAUCCGUACCCACAGUGGGCGACUCCGAUUGCUCAUUUUCAAGUUAAUAGCAAGCAGUCUAGUUCGUCUAAGGAAACAUGUGAUGCCAUCUCUGAAAUGUUCACCACUAAUCUUUCGGGUGAUGCAUCAGCGCUAAUUUUGUCUCCUUACAACUGUGAUAGAAGUCAAUCGGAUUGUGACAAAUCUAUUGGUCAGAGCACUACCUAUGGUCCUGAAUGGGACCUUGUUGCACCUGGUCUUUCUACUAGUGUCUCUACUCUUUCGGGUAUUCCUGACCUUUACAACAACCAUUGUUACUCUUUGGAGGAGUCCCUUCGUAACAUGCAGCUUGAUUUUGCUAAGGUGGAUGAUGUAUUGGCUAGCAAGCUUAACGAGACUUUACUAAAGUCCGAAGCGUUUGAUAUUCUUCGACCUAAGGUUGAUCACAGCGCCGAAUCUACCCAAGUGGAGGAACCGCCUCAAGAAUCGUUUGAGCAUAGAUUGUUAAGAAGCGUGAAAUUGAACGGUGCCAAUGAGUUCCGUCGCACAUCAAUUUGCAAGUACUGGCAACGUGGAAUUUGUCAAAAUUCCGACUGUAACUUUGCCCACGGCAAAAAAGAAUUAAAAGGAACUGUAGGGGUUUGGAAAACCACCCUUUGUCAUCAUUGGAAAAAUGGGACUUGUCGUAUAGGUGCCGAUUGUCGUCAUGCGCACGGUGAGGAGGAGUUGCAGCCAAAGAACAUUCCGCUGCACAUACUGAAGAACAGGCUUUUGAACACGAUAAGGCGUGAGAAGCCUCCUCAGCGUAAAAAAAAGACUAGUAAAGCAAACGGUAUGGAAGAGUCUCCUGAUGUGCCGCCUGAACCCAAAGGUGCUGCUUCUCCACGCCCUUCUAGGCGUCGGAAGCGUAAAGGUAACGGCAACAAUAAUAAUGCCACUGAGGUACAAGCCGAAGUACAGUGA